AUGAUUCAAUUUGUAAUUUUAUUCAUAUUAAAUCUGCUGAUUCACUGUGACGGCCAAGCUCACAUAACUCCACUGGACGCGAGACCGUUUAUUUCUCAGUUUCGUAAUUUUAGAGACUUGGCCCUUAACUUGCUUGGCGAUGUUGGAGAUAAUGGGUAUAAGAUUAAAGUGAAUCACAACAAUAGUCGGUUACAACCCCAAUUUCCGGAAGACCAUCAAUUUUUCUGUAACACUACCGGCAUGCGAAGCUCGGAGGUGCCUUCGUCGGUGGACAAGCUUCGGCCGGGAGACAUUGACAUAGUGGGAGCCAUAGGUGAUUCCCUAACGGCUGGAAAUGGAGCCAUGGCCACAAACCUGCUGGAGGUGAUUGUCGAAAGCAAGGGACUUUCCUGGUGCGUCGGAGGGCAAGGCACGUGGAGGAAGUUUCUCACAUUGCCCAACAUCUUGAAGGAGUUUAAUCCGGAUCUAUAUGGUUUCCCGGAGAGGGAUAGCGUCGCAACAGAGAAAUCUUCUCGCUUUAAUAUUGCUGAAACCGGAGCAAUGUCACAGGAUAUUCCAAAUAUGGCGAAGAAUCUGGUGAAACGGAUGCUCUCCGAUCCUAAAGCUGAUGUUGAAAAUCACUGGAAGUUGAUAACAAUUAUGAUAGGAUCGAAUGAUUUUUGUUCCAACAUCUGCUACCUCGAUCCUCCGGAGAAAGCUUUAGAGUAUCAUGAACAAAAUUUACUGGAAGUGUUGCGAUUAUUCCGAGAUCGCUUACCACGUACCCUCGUGAAUCUUGUAGCCACUCCUAACGUCAACAUCCUCACCCAACUCAAGGGAAAACCACGUCGUUGUGAGGUGCUACACUUGCUGGAAUGUCCCUGCUUCCUCGGAGCUCGUUUCGCCGGACAAAGACAACGCUUCGUUCAAAUCAUCGAGCGCUGGAAUGCCCUGCAAGCCAACAUUGCCAAUCGGGAAGAAUUCCACACCAAGUCCGAUUUUGGCGUCGUUUGGCAACCCUGCCUCGCCAAUAUCAGCUUUCCAUCGAAUCAAAAUGGUGAUUCCGAUUUCAGCUACAUGUCCUACGACUGCUUCCACUUGAGUCAGAAGGGAUAUGCCCGGGCGGCGAAUGCCCUGUGGAACAAUAUGAUGGAACCGGUGGGACAGAAGGCUCACGAUUGGGUGGAUGAGUUUUCUUUUUUUAAGUGUCCCACGCCGGAAAUGCCCUUCAUUCGUACGAGGGGUAAUAGUAAUAUCAAAUAA